AUGUAUGACAUGUUGUCUGAAUUUCGAGUAUCAGAAUUUGAUUCAUUUGUGGACAUAUUAAGAUUGUCUCCAGGAGAUCCCUUAGAUACAUUUGGUGAAAUGUGGUACCCAGUGUUUCUUUGGUCUUUGUGCUCCUCUGUGUUUGUACAUACUUGUGCAGCACUUGUUGCCUUCGGUACUCUUAGAAAGCACAAAUAUGGAAAAUUCUUUCCAGUGUUAUUAAUAGUGAUGGGUGUGGUGAGCCCUGUGACCUCCGGUGUAGCAAGUAGUGCUGCUAUUGCGUUUAUUUACCGUGCUGCUAAUUUAGCUAUGCCACCUAUACAUGCUAUGAUAUGGGGCAUAGGGCAGACUUUACUAGGAGCUGGUAUUGGAUUUACAAGGAUUUUAGCUACCUUG